UGGACGGACUCUUUAAAGUGUAACACGUGACAACACCGCUCGAAAAUGGCGGAAGAAGUCAUCUUGGCGAAAGGUUCCUCUUUUAUGGAGCCUUUUAAAGGCGCCUUGGUGACAUAUUUGAUCCCGGAGUCGUGUUACGACGAGUUUUUCCUCAAUUUCAAUUUUCUAGACGUACCAUGUUUAAAGAUUUUGCUGAGCAAAGGCCUGGGGAUCGGCAUCAUCCUGGGAUCAGUCAUGGUGAAGUUGCCUCAGAUCCUGAAGAUGAUGAAUGCAAAGAGCGGCGAAGGCUUGAGCUUCCAAUCGGUGCUCCUGGAGCUGCUGGCCAUCACCGGAACCAUGGCGUACAGUAUUACCAAUAAGUUCCCCUUCAGCUCUUGGGGCGAGGCGCUCUUCCUCAUGCUGCAGACGGUCACCAUCGGCUUCCUCAUUCAGCACUAUGCAGGGAGAAGCGGCAGAGGUUUCCUUUUCGUGAUCCUAUAUUUUGCUCUGCUGGGUCUGGUGCUUUCUCCAAUCACCCCCAUGUCAGUGGUGACCACCUUGCAAGCCUCCAACAUGCCCGCCAUCAUCGUGGGACGGCUAUUCCAAGCUGCUACUAAUUUCCGCAACGGACACACGGGCCAGUUGUCAGCCAUUUCCGUCUUCCUGCUGUUCGCCGGAUCCCUGGCGCGCAUCUUUACUUCCCUUCAGGAAACGGGCGACACGUUGAUGGCCGCCACGUACGUCAUCUCCUCGGCGUGCAACGGCAUCGUCGCCCUGCAGGUGCUCUACUACUGGAACGCCUCGGCGGAGCGCAAGAAGAAGAAGAAGAGGAAGAAGAGAGAGUAGGAGAAUGGCACUGGUGUACCGUUGAGAGUAUUGACUAGUAAAAGAAGUGAACACAUUCCUGAUUUUCAAAAUAAAGCGUCCAAAAGUUUGGCGUCUUCUUCCUUAUUUGAGUCAGGAGGAAUUUUGCACCCCGCUCACACGACGCCUUAUCUUUAAAGUCCGCUUUCAAAAAGAUUUUAAAUGAAUUCCAUUUUAUUUAACAUUAAACUGAUGGUUUCCAUAAUUUAAAUGCGGAG